AUGGAAGCCGGCAGGACGGCGGUGCUCCGGGUGAAGCGGAAGCGCUGUGAGGAACCCGCUGGGGCGCUUGUCGUCGCCUGUAAGCGGCUCCGGAGGACCACAGUCGAAUCAGCGCCUCAGGGGACGCCUCCCGAGGGUCUGCCGAGAGAAGCGGAGAAUAAUGUCUUCCAGCUCGUGGCCACCGUGCGCUCCCAGGAGGAGCCAGUCCAGCCGUUCUUGCGGGCCGCCCUGCGCCCGUCCCAAGGCAGCCACGAGCGCAUCCGCCGCGAUCUCCGCGCGUCGCUUCGGGAGAGCCGGCAAGAAGGCCGCUACCGGGUGGUCUCCUGCCACCGAUCAUCAGGGACCCUCCCGGGCUGCCCAGAGCCCCAGGACGCGUCGAAGAGUCCAGAAGCUGCCAGUGACGCGGGUUUCCAGCUCCUGGACCUCGUCCAUGAGGAGGAAGGGCCAGCGGCCGGCGCGGGGUCUCACCAACAGGCGGACGACCCAGAUGUGAUCCUCUGUAACUCCACAGAGUUAAUCCGUGAGCGGUUGACCAUCUCCGAGAUGGGAUCAGGCAUUGGGCCCCAGAAGGAAGAGAAGGAUGGCGACUACGUGUAUGACAUUUACUGUCUGGAGAUGACCACUCCAGGGUGGAUUGAGAACAUCCUCUCUGUCCAGCCCUACAGCCAGGAGUUGGAGCUGGUGAAUGACGAACAGCACCCCGAGGACGUGUACGACGACGAGGAUGAUGAGAACAGUGAGAACAAUUGGCGCAAUGAGUACCCGGAGGAGGAGAGCAGUGAUGAAGAGGAGGGUUCAGGAGGUUCUGAUGAAGAUGGCAGUCUCGGUGAGGAGGGACGAGGCAUCUGCAGGCCCCAGACCUGGAGCAAGUACCCUCUAGAUGUGCAGAAGGAGUUCGGCUAUGACAGCUCCCUGGACUCGGACUGAUAACCUUGUGACAGCCUCCUGCCUGGUGAUGUCCUCUUGGGUUUUCUGCUUAACCGAGAAGUGUGGCCAACAGCACCAUCCCUCCACAGCAAAGACUGGGCUAAGGGAGGAAGCUCUCCCACUAACUGUACGUAGAGCCCUUCACUUCAACCACACCCCCACCCCCAGUCAAAAACCCACUCUGCUCGUCGAGGUUCCUGUGUCAGCAGCAGUGAGGCCCAGCUUUCCCACAGUAGCCGGAUUGCAGGCUGCCUGUUCCUUUGGACAGGGAGGUGUGAAAGGGCUGCAGCAGCAGCACCGACAAAAGAGGAAUCACCCUCAGAGCAGAAGGCGGCGCAUGCCCGAGCCAAGGGCUGUAGUUACCGCCUGCCUCUUGGCUGUGAUGCUGGCCUCCUGAGGAACGUGUGUGCAUAAAUGUGAUCAUCUGUCUUUAGUAAAAACUGACAUUCAUCCUUUGUAAAGUCUCCACCUGAUCCCCCGCCCCCCAGUCUGCAACAGAAAGGAGUGGGGGUGGUAAGAGGUUUCUAACGUGACUUUGACAGGAAGGCCGUGAGGAAAAGGAAAGCCUGGACCUGACUCUGCAUUGAGAAACGCCCCUCUUCCGCACUCCCCAAGCUCUGCCCCGAAGAUCAGUUUGUUACCAGGAUUGGUUACGCUUUAAAAGCAAAGUCACUCACAUUGGAGAAAUAAUUGGAUUGUGAUAAGAGAUUUAAGAGUCCCCAAUAAAAGUAUUAAAAA